AUUUCAGUAGUUUUCGUUAAUGCGUUCGCCACGUCGAGUUAGCUCCUUAUUUUUUUCUCCUUUCGCGUUGACGCGUAAUUACGAUUAAAAUAUGAGAGCCUAAACGAACCGAAGGAAACAAUUAAGCUAAAAACAGCGGAAAAGCGCCGGAAAAUAAGCAAACAAAAAUCGAACGUUUUUGUUCGUGUACUGUGAAUUGUUUUAUUUUAUUUUUUGUGGUGUUUGAGUGACUGCGGCAAGAUGCCCCUGUAUUCGGAUUCGACCAACUAUUACUACAGUGGCGGUAGCAGCCAACUGUAUUCGCCAUACUAUAGUUCCGGUUUGGGCCUCAACUUGGGCCUGGGCUCUACGCCCGGAUCGAGCUAUACGUCCAGCUAUAACCGCUCGUAUCCGGCUAGCUAUAUGGUGCCCCUGAGUCCCUCCUCCCCAAGAUCUCCGAGUAGCUAUACGAGCGGAACUUCCGGCGGAAGUAGCUCCCUCCACGGCCUGGGCUCCAGAUAUCAACCGAAGUUGACCACAAUAACGGAGACGGGCAGGCACAGUGGUCACUCGAGUCUGAUGCCCCUCACCAGAAUCAAUUCACCAAAGUACAGUACUUCGGUCACAACUCCCAGUUACACUUCAUCUGGUGCCAGUAGUCGAUAUAUACCAGCCAGACCUAUAGCUAUCAAUACGGCGGAUAUCGAUGUGAGUUCAUCGAGAUAUCGCAGGGGUGUGACCACCAGAACGGAGGAAAGGGAAAAGGAGAAGGAGCCACCAAAGGAGGAAGUUAAGCAAAAGGAAGAGGAGGUUAAACCCUCGCCCAAGGAAGCACCUCCCGAAAACCCAGAUCCCAAUGCCCAAACUAGACCCAAUCGCAGGUCCACCAUCAAAAGAAAUCGCCCUGUCGUAAGACUCUCCACCAUACGAAGACGCAGCAAGGAUCGCAGUGCCGAGAGUCCCAAGAAGGAGACCCAAGUAGAGGAACAUCAAUUCAGGGACUUACCCCCUGCCACAGAACCCAGUUUGAGUUGGCGCCAAAAGUUGGCAGAAGAAUUGGCCGCUUUUCCCACCACCAGCAAUAAGAAAUCACCCGGAGAAUUGCUUCGUGAGAGAUUCUACAUACGAGAUGAAAAGGAGGAGGUGCCCAGUUUCAAUCAGGCCAGAGUUCAGGAACUUAGUCAGCCACAAACUGCUCAGAAAACACAAAUCCAGGAGGUUGAGAUCACUUCCAAAAACGAAAAGGAGCUGGAAAAGGAGGGUUCAGAUCUGGAGGAAAUGCAGGAGACCAUUCGACGUCUAAGCCUGGUGCAAUGUCCUACAUUUCAUGACAUUUGCGAGGAUAUUUCAUCGGAUAAGAUCGAUGAUGAUCUGAAUGCCGGGGAACUGAGACGUCGGGCCUCCAUUAUUCAGGAACAAGAACAGGAGAUACUGAACAAGCUGCAGAAAUCAAAUUCCGGAACCUUUCAGUUGAUCCAUCUGGAGCGAAGAUCCAGUCACGAUAGCACCACCACAAACGAUGAGGAUCUCAAGGAGAGAUCUAAAAGGCGUUCCAAGAAGAGCAAGAAGAUGCGCCACAAGAUCACCGCCAUUGUGGAGGUGGAAAAUGCCCCUCAACUUCCAGUGGAUCAUAUGCCAAGUGUCCUGGAAUUGAACGAGGAGUCCCUAUUGGUGCAGCCAUUGGUGUCCCUUUCCGGUUCCGGUUCCAGUUCCACCCCAAGUCCCAGUCCCAAGCCAAAGUUCACCGUGAAUGUGGAGACCGUGGAGGAGCACCAUCAGAUACACAAGGUCUUCAAGUUGCCGAAGAAAAAGACAGUGCCCAAGGAUCAAAAGGAGGAGGAAUCGUCGUCGUCCUCUCUGCCCGAAGGAUUCAUGAAGGCAGCCCCGAAAACGGCCAAGACAUCGCCUCUGAAGAAGGCCCAAAAACAGCAACACGUGAGUGAAGCACAGAUUUUCACCUUUGAUGAGGCAGCUAUACAGCAAAAUAACCAGGCAAGCAAACAGGAGGUACAACAACCCAAAACUGAGGCCAAAGUUGAGGGCGUAGCAACGCCCAAACCCAUUCGAAAGGCCAUCCAAAAAUCAGAGAGCGGUGAGGACUUUUGGUCGCAAAUAGGUUCCAGGGAAACGCUGUACAUGACCAAUCGCAAAAAGGUCUUCAACGAGCGACAGGAGCAGCUUUUGGAAGAGGAAGUCCCGAAGUCCCCGACAACGCCCAAGGAAACAAAGACAGAUAUAAAGACACCAACGACGCCCAAACUCAAGUCGGAACUUCUUAUCGAGCUGAAGACAACACCCUCGAUAGUGACAACAGGGGGUAAAACACCCAUUCAAAAGGUAUCUUCAGUACCACUAACUCCAACGAAAGUGAAGACUAACCAAGUGGAAGUACAGAAAGCAGAAUCAAACAUACCAAAACAAUCAACAUCUGAAAUAGACUCUUCAACAACUAUCUCAGCCAAGACAACCACCGGUGAUAUUAAAUCAAAGUCAACAGCAACUACAAUUCCUAAAAAAGACCUACCAAAACUAAUAACAACAGAGGAGGCUAACUCAAUAAUAGCAACCAAGCCAACAGCUGCGACACCAACAAAAGAUUCACCAAAAACACCACAAAUUAAAGUGAAAAUAUCGCCAAAAUCAACAACCCCACAAUCAAAGCCUGAUACACCAACCAAGGAAUCGGCUUUAACAGCGCAAAUCAUAGUGGAGAAACCAACAAAAUCUUCACCAAUUAAAGCAGCAACAGCAAUAAAGGAUUUAACAACAACGAGAAUAAAUGAAUCACCAACAACUCCAAUCAAAGAUUCAACAACAACACCAAUCAAGGAUUUACCAGCAACACCAAUCAAGGAUUCACCAACAACACCACAAAUAAAAGUCGAAACACCAACAAAAGAUUCUCCUACAAGAAAGGUUAUUACACCAACAACACCACAACCUAAGGCAGCUGCAUCAAUAAUACCACCAAAAGUUGAUACACCAGCAAUACCACAAAUCAAAGCAGCAACACCACAAACAAAGGUUGACACACCAGCAACACCCCAAGUCAAAGCAGCAACACCACAAACAAAGGUUGACACACCAGCAACACAACAAAUCAAAACAGCAACACCACAAACAAAAGCUGACGCACCAGGAACACCACAAAAAACACCACAAGCCAAACCAGCGCCAGAUGAAGCCAAGUCAACACCAGCAACACCAAAGACAGCAACAAGUGUUGCUGCUGCAGGAAAAACAAUAUCACCCAAGGGGGCCAAGCAAUCUGGCAACGCCUUAGCCAUGACAACAGCAACAGCAACACCAACAGCAACAGCAGCAACAGGCAAAUCAAAAUUGAACGAAACAGCAGGGCCAAAAAUAAAUAGCGGGCAGCCGGCCAAGUCACCUGAACAACAACAGGCAACGGCAGCCGCGGUUGAAACGAAAAUAAAUAAAACAACGCACAAGGAACAACAGCAGCAGCAGCAGCAACAGCAACAGCAGCAAUUGCCCGACACGGCAGCAACAUUGGUGCCACAAACGGAAACCAAAACGAAAUUGACGGAAGCCGCUGAGCCAACGGGCAAGUCAAAGGUGCAAUCACCGAAAACGACAAAGCCAAAAAGUGCCGGCAAAACAAAUGUUGGCAAAAAGAAAGCUGCAACAGCAACGCCAGCGGCAACAGCAGCGCCAGCAGCAGCAACAGCAACAGAAACUGUAACAGCUUUGUCUGAGAGCAAUGUGACCCCAAUCAAUGCCGAUCAAUUUAUAACGCUGGCCCCCACAAAGGCGGCCAAAACAUCGCCGAGCAAGCAACAAGCAUUGCAAGUGCAACAGCAACAUGAGCAGCACCAGGAGCAGCAGCAGCAACAGGCCACAAAUGCGUCAUCGCCGGCGGCAACAGGCGAUGCAACCACAACGCCCACAACGAUAACAAUUGGUGUUGCUGCUGUUAAUGUUGCUACUUCUGAUGUUGCUGCUGCUGCUGCUGAUGCUGCUGCUGCUGUUACCUCGCUCAGCAGCAACAACAGCUGCGGCGAAGGCGUCGGCAAUAAUUUAUCAAAGUUUGCAACAGUAUCGAAUUUGGCACAGUGUCUGCGAGACGUUGAUGCCGAGCUAGAGGACUAUAUACCCUCGUCGGCGGAAAAUAGCCAAGACGACGACGACGAGAGCAACAGCGACGACGACGACGGCAGCAACAUCAGUUCCUCCGAUUAUUCCAGUGUUGACGGUUGUUUGAAUCUAAGCGCCAGCAUGAAGAAGAAGCAGCGCAAGGAGAAGAAGAAGCAAAAGGCGAAAGCCGCCGCCGCUGAUGCAAAACGCUUCGAUCCGCACAAGAAGAUCAAAAUCGAUACGACGAACAAGUGUUAUGUGAAGGAGGAGGCGCCGCGCUAUCCACUGGUGGCCACACCGCGUCCCCUGUGGAAGCGGGAGAAGAUCGUCUACUCGGAUGAGAAUACGGACGAUGAGAGUGGCAGCGAGGAGGGCAGCGGUGGCUCCUUGGACGAGGACAGCGAUGACGAGAGCGGCGGCGAGGAGUGCAGCUCCUCCAGCAGCAGCGGCAGCUCCGAGGAUCUCGAGGUGGCCACCAAGGGUGGCAGUUCGGCGGCCACAACGGUGGUCGACUCACCCAGUUCCGCCGGCUCGACUGCCGGCACUCUGGGCGUCACCGGCGGGGGAGGUGGUGGUGGUGGUGGCGCCUCCACCUCCAGCUCGCCCUCCAUCAUCCGGAUGAGCACCUGCAGCAACGAUUCCGGAUUCGAAGGCGGCACCGCGCCCUCCAGUCCCAAGAAGAUGUUAGAAACAUCAUAUACAUAUUCACAAUUCCAAAAAUCCGGACGUUUCACUGCGCCAGCAACAGUAAUACCUAGAUUUAAGAAUUAUUCGGUAGAUGAUUUCCACUUUCUGGCCGUUCUUGGCAAGGGAAGUUUUGGCAAGGUUCUGCUGGCUGAGCUGCGUGAUACCACGUACUACUAUGCCAUAAAGUGCCUUAAAAAGGACGUUGUCCUGGAGGACGACGAUGUGGACUCGACGCUAAUUGAACGCAAGGUCCUGGCUCUGGGCACCAAACAUCCCUAUCUGUGUCAUCUAUUCUGCACCUUUCAGACGGAGAGCCACUUGUUCUUCGUGAUGGAGUAUCUGAAUGGCGGUGAUCUCAUGUUCCACAUCCAGGAGAGCGGACGCUUUUCCGAGGAGCGGGCCAGAUUCUAUGGCGCCGAAAUAAUCUCGGGCCUCAAGUUCCUGCACAAAAAGGGCAUUAUCUACAGGGAUCUCAAACUGGAUAAUGUCCUGCUGGACUACGAGGGACAUGUUCGAAUUGCCGACUUUGGCAUGUGCAAAUUGCAAAUCUAUUUGGACAAGACGGCCGAUAGCUUUUGCGGCACACCCGAUUAUAUGGCGCCCGAAAUCAUUAAGGGUGAAAAGUACAAUCAGAAUGUGGAUUGGUGGUCGUUUGGUGUGCUGCUCUACGAAAUGCUGAUCGGACAGUCACCAUUCAGUGGCUGCGAUGAGGACGAGCUCUUCUGGUCCAUUUGCAACGAAAUUCCAUGGUUCCCAGUCUAUAUAUCCGCCGAGGCCACCGGAAUACUCAAGGGGUUGCUGGAGAAGGACUACACGAAGCGUAUUGGUUCACAAUAUAGUCCAGCUGGUGAUAUAGCUGAUCAUAUCUUUUUCCGCCCGAUCGACUGGGGAUUACUGGAAAAGCGGCAAAUAGAACCGCCCUUUAAGCCCCAAGUGAAACACCCCCUGGAUACGCAAUAUUUCGAUCGCGUCUUUACCAGGGAAAGGGUGCGACUCACCCCCAUCGAUAAGGAGAUCCUGGCCUCCAUGGAUCAGAAGCAGUUCCACGGCUUCACCUACACGAAUCCUCACAUCACCCUGGACUAAAGCCUAAUUAAUAUCCUAAUUAAUUAUUUAGAGCAACAGUAUUUGUAUAUGUAAAUAUUUAUUAUGGAACAAAAAAAAAAUGAACAUAAGGAUUAACGACCAAAGAAUUUGAAAAAGGAAACCGGAACCUUAAUACCCCUUAGUUAAGCCAUGAAACCCAUUUAAAUUUUGAGCGUAAUUCUAGUCAGUUAGCUAUACUUUUAUGUCUAAGUCUAAUUGUACAGAUAUCCCUCCUCAUAUUUACCUAUAUAUACCUACGCAUAUAAAUCUUUUUUUUUGAAAAUUAUUUGUUCUUAAAUAUAGUGUUUAAGCAAAGGUCUACGUCUAUGAGAAAUAAAAAACUAAAAAAUUUAAACAA